AAAAAAGGUUCAAUACCGAGAACAUUAUACCGACAACAUGUCCUCGGUAUAGACAUUUCAUAUGCGCGGGACAUUUUCGCGGUUCUGAAUAGGUUUAGUUGCUAUACCGAGGACCUAUACCGAGAACAUGUUCUCGGUAUAGGGUUUAUAAAUAUCACACUCAGCCGCGAAGCCCCUUCUCCUUCCUCUCUGGUUUCUCUGGGUUUUCUCCGAAACCUCCGCCUCCCUCCGCCGAUUAUAGUCGUUUUCCUCCAUAAAAGCUCGGUUUUAAGCCCCAAAAUUGCCAAGGGUGAAGGAAUUUCUGUGUAUUUGUUGAAGGUUGGGUAUUCGGUUUUUGUUGGAUUAUAGGGAUUGCUAGCAAGAUAUUGAAGGCAUUGUGCUACAUUCAUACAAUGUCGAUCGACAAGAGUUGGAUUAAUUUGACAGAUCGAUUAUCCGAUGAGUAUGAGGCUGGUGUGAUGGAUUUUCUCCAGAGAGCCCGGCAGUGCGUUGACUCAAGGGGAUUGGUGAAAUGUCCGUGUAGGAGGUGUGUCAACGUUGAAUUUCAGACAAUUGAUGUAUUAGAAAAUCAUCUUUUUGUAAAUGGUUUUCUACGGAAAUAUACCAAUUGGCAUUGGCAUGGAGAGGAUGAAAUAAUACCAAUGAGAGCUCGGAUAGAUCAAAAUGAUGAAGAUGAGAUGAUGGAUGUUCUCACUGAUCUUAUGCAAAAUGACAAUGACGAACAAGCGGAGAAUGAGCGCGGUCAAGAGAUACCUACAACUGACUACAGGAGUGGGCAACAUUAUAACGAUUUGUUUGCUGAGAUCGAGGCUCCAUUAUUCCCCGGGUGUCAAAAUUACACUUCAUUGAAUUUCCUAGUGAAGUUAAUGCAUUUCAAAGUGUUGGGAAAAAUUCCCAACAAAAUAUUUGAUGGAAUGCUGGAGUUGUUACAUGAUGCAUUUCCAGCCCCAAAUAAGCUUCCAAAAUCGCUCAAAUUUCUCAAGAGAGCUCGGAUUACUUGUUCGACAGUACACAGAUCCGGACUGUCCUCAAUGGUCAAAAGUACCAAAUGCCUCGAAAGAAAGAAUACUUGCACAUUUGGAAGAUGAUUUGUUUGAUAUUGGGCGUACUAGAUAUGGAGAAGGGCAUAUGCCUGGGAUCUUGAGAGGCAUUGAUACUUCGUGUGCUAAAAAGUAUUCUGACUGGAAGUACGAUAUUAAAGAGCACUUAACGAUUAAUGGGCCACAAAAUCGUUAUGGUGGUUGCACGGAUACGCAGUGGCAAAAAGCAAUUGAUUUUUUCCGUCGCCCAGAAAUUACGAAACGUUCUGUGGUCAACAAGGAAAAUAGAAAGAAAUUGAAAGAGCUUAGCUAUGGAGGUUCUCAGUCAAUCCCAGCCUUACGCUAUAAAAAGCGCAAUUUAGAGACUGGGCAACUUGAGUCCAUCCCGGAUAGCUGGAUGGAUACUCACCAUAAAUCAGGCACAGGGUGGGUGACAGAGACAGCAAAAAAUACUUGGGAGGAAUUGCGUGCAUACCGCGACACACAGCAGACACAGGCAACUGAUACUGAGAGUUCCACACCAGUUUCGAGUGCGCCUGAAGAUGAAGACAUAUCUUUGGUACAAAAUGUCUUCGGAAAACGACGGGGCCACCAGAAAGGAUAUGGACGUAUCCUUAACAUAAGGGACCGAACUCCAUUUGAUUUUCGUCCUUCACAAACUAGAGAUGAAGAGUUGUCUGAGAUGAGAGAGCGUCUUCGACAGUUAGAGGAGCAUGUCCGGACUCAUUGUAUCACCCCGGGAUCUCAAUCUGCCCCACCACCACCACCCGAUGAUCCUGAUGUUGGAGCACCGACUCAGUAGGACUUAUGUAUGAAUUUUAUUACAAUUGACUAUUACAUUAUCAUGUUUAAGACAAGUCUUUAUUUUAAUUCAACGAAUACACUCUUAUGUUUUUUUUUAUAUCUUUAAUAUAAGUGUUUUAAUUUUA